GACACCCUCGCGCGCGGACUCACUUCCUGAGACGCUUUCACAGAUUCUUUCCCCUUCUCUCUGGCUGGCUGGAGAAAAGUGGGCGUUUGCUUUUUCCUGAAGCACCGAGAACUCUCCGUAGAUCUGUUCCAGCACGAGACCGCACUGCUCUGCUCUGUACUGUACUUGCACGCGCUGUACGUUCCCCCCAACCCCCUCAAGAUAUGCACGUGAAUAUAUACACGCCUGUUUUACGCCUCGUGAGAAGGCAGAUUAAUCCGUUAUUUCUGAACGUGACGGACUGUAAGCGCGGUCUACACUGAGUCGUCACUUGGCGCCCGAACAUGGCGAACGGAAACCUGUACGAUAACCGGCGCAUCGUGGAAAAGUAUCUGAACCACAAACUGUCGAAAAACGGCCACGCGCGGGAGUUUCAUCGGUGUCACGCGAGCAGUCCGGGCGAGCAGGAGCGCGCGCACCGCGUGACUCUUUACACGGCUCUGCGCGAGGCCGGUGAUGAACUGGAAAGCUUGUACCGACCCGACUUUGCGGAGAUGACGAAGCGCCUGCGCGAGACCCCGGUGGGAGCAGAGCAGAGGCGCUUCGCGGCGGUGGCGGACGAGCUGUUCCGCGACGGGAUCAACUGGGGACGCGUCGUGGCCUUUUUCGAGUUUGGCGCGAUGGUGUGCGUGCAGUGCGCGGCGGACGCAGAGAGGAGCGCGUGCGCCCAGAACGUCGCGCGCUGGAUGUCCGAGUACCUGAACGGUCCGCUGAACGGCUGGAUCCAGGAGAACGGAGGAUGGGAUGCCUUUGUGGAGCUGUACAUGAGGAGAAAGGACUCGGUGUUCAGCAGCUCUUGGCCGUCCUUAACGACCUCCGUCUUCAGUCUGGCGGUACUGGGGGCAGUCGGCCUCACCAUCGGGGCUUAUCUCACUCAGAAAUGAAGAACUCCAUCCAUCUCCUCCCUCCCUUCCCUCACUCGUUCCCUCAGCACCUCAGACAUUUCUUCAAAGCAUCUUUUCAAGUCCUUCACUCACCCUUAAAAGAACACGAUCAGAUGUAAGUCGUCCUGAGGAAAAUUGGCCCAACUUGAGGAUCAGUGUUUUAUUUCAUGAUGUUUAUGGAAUCUAAAUUUGCUCAGAAAUUUUCAGCCUGUGUAUAAAGGCAACCCUCAUGAGCAAUGACUCUGGUGUUCUCCAGACAAUACGAUUGUUUGAAACCAUGAGACUAAUUUUCUAAGCAGCUUUUUGUCUGCUUGGUCACUGCUGCUGCGUCCAUCGCGCUAGUCACAUCUAUAUCAUGUUAGCACCAAGCUAACAGUUAGGAACUGCAACGUUCCUUCGAUUGCUGGAGUAAAAAAAAACACUAACAAAGUACGCAAUGUGAAAAAAAAACACUGUCGCUAGGCAACCAUGGGAAAUACAGUCGCCACGCCAAAGCCCCGUCUCCUCUUAUUUGACUGUAAAUGAGGACGAUGUUAGCUAGAUGACUGCUAUGUAAAGCCAAAGCGACAAAGGAAACGGCGCAGAAAUAUCCAGAGCGACGACAUUUCUCUCAGACGUGUGGCAUAAAAUCAGGAAGAAAUCUCUGUAUGGCUAAAAUGACUGUAAUUAGCAUUUAGCAUUAUUCACUGUGUGUGUGUGUGUGUGUGUGUGUGUUUGUGUGAAAAUACGGUACUCGUGCGGGGGAAAAUCUAAAAAGUUCCAAAAAAAUCUGAGGCUGAGGAGAUGAAGGGAAAACACGGUGAGGACGAAGAUCUCGUGCCAUCAGUGACAUCAUAAAGUUAACAUCAUUCAUGUUUUUUUUUUUCAAAGUACUUAAAAAUGUAAUUUAUAUUGUUAAACAGCUCAUUCUGACUAUAUAUAUACAUUUUUGUUUGUUUGUGUUUGUGUUUGUUUUCCCUUCAACUCUUCAUCCUCAUCAGACUCCGGACUCGUCCGGCUUUCACUCGAACACGACCCCAGAAGGAGGAGCCAAACUCCUGCGAAGGAGCCAAACUCCUGCUGACGUACAGACGAAUAUAAUAUAAUCAGAAUAUAAUCUGCUGAUGGAUGUUGAUGACAUCACUAACACAGCGAGUGUGUAUUAUGAUGUCAGGGGUGAAAACAGACUUCACAUUUUAGCUGCUUUAGGAAGCUGCUGCUGGUCCAACAUGGCCGCCGCAUCCAGCUCUUUCUUUAACUUUAACACACUGAGAGAAUUCAGAAGGUUCUUUCUAACGCUCGAGUGUUUUGUGAUCUGAACAUCUGACUAAGGAACGAACGAAGGAUAAGGUGAAAAAAAAGUUUCUUAUUUUUUAGCUAAUAAUAACAAUCAUUAAAAUAAACGUUCCUGUAAUUUGCGCCAAAGAUCGUCCUUAUUUAAAAUAACCGAUUUAAUAAAAAUUCAGAUUAACGAUCUUAAUAAAUGAUUAAUGAUCACCGUUAAAACGGCUUCUAAAUAAAAAUGAAUCAAUACAAAAGAAAAACGGCAGAAAUAUUUAAAGCGAUAUCAUUUUAUUUAUAAA